UUGCUAGCGCGCCUGCGCAAUAGUGAAUCGUACGGAGUCUGCUAAGGAAAAGUUUGAUUAGUCCAAGAAUAACCAAGGCAGACAGAAAGUCCAGUGCAAUAGCCAUGUCUGAGGUAGAGGAGACCUUGAAAAGGAUUCAAGUCCAUAAAGGCGUAAUUGGAACUAUAGUUGUCAAUAAUGAAGGAAUCCCAAUAAGAACAACUCUUGACAAUUCAACAACUUUGCAGUAUGCUGGAUUGAUCCACCAACUCACUGCCAAAGCAAGGAGUACUGUUAGAGAUAUAGAUCCACAGAAUGAUCUAACUUUCCUGCGGAUAAGAUCAAAGAAGCAUGAAAUCAUGAUUGCACCUGACAAAGAAUAUAUGCUGAUUGUCAUACAGAACCCUAGUGCAUAGAAGAGGUGAAAGAUUGAUGAAAGCAGCACAAAACUCUGUAAUAAACUUAUUUUAAUUUUACUUGUUCAAGGCUAUUUUACUCUUUUGCUUUGUUGUAAAUAAUGACAGCUCUUCACAAUUUGUUUGUUCAUUGUUUUGAUAACUUGCUCACAAUUUGAUGGGAUAAUUUUUCAACCUGGCUAACCAUGUUGAAUGCUAGUAAAGUAUAGCAAAACUAACAAUUAGAAGGACACUGCCAGUUAAAAGGUUGGUGUGUAUCUCCCUCUUCAUAUAUUUUUGCCGGUAGUUAUACUUCAAAUUUUGAAAAUAUCAUUUUCAGCAAACAAUGCUUUUCCACCGAGUUGCACGUUUUUAUUUGUUGCCGUACUGUUUGCACUCUAGUUUAUGUCAUAUUGUUUUCUUUUUUUGUUCUAUCCUUUGAUAACACUUUAUUAAUCAUCUUUUCUCCUAAUUUAGUUAUAAAUGCCCCCAAGAGUUGAUCAUAAGUAAUUUGUUUACUGCUACCGAACUAUAUUUACAUGUAUCUUUUAUUUAUUUAGUAUUUUUGUGAGGGCGUAAGCUGUUUAUCACUUAAUCACUUAAACUAUUAAUUAAAUGCAAUUUGCAGGUCCUAUGAACAAAAGCUAUCCUAGAA